UCGCCUCCCUCCCCCCGCCGCCAGCCUUCUCGGCGGGGCCGGCUCCGCUCCCUCCCUCCGCAGCGCCCGGCCUCGCUUCCGAGGGGGGCGGCAGUGCCGGGCCCCGCCGCUCGGCCCCUUCCCUUCCUCCCUUCCCCUCCCUCCUCUCCUCUCCUCUUCCCCUCCCUUCCCUUCCCCCGGCCCGCGGCGGCGCCGACGUCCGGAGGAAUUUGUGCCCCGGCGGGGCGCGGGAGGCGGCACCGCCGCCGGGAGGAGGAGGAGGAGGAGGAGGAGGAAGAGGGGGGGCAGCGAAGGAGGCUGCAGCGGGAGAUGAGCCGCAGCGGGAGGACGGCGCGGUGCAGCCUCUGGCGGCGGGCAGCCCUGCCUCGGCGCCGCCGCUCCGCGCCCCUCUAGCCGGGGUGGGCUCUACCCAGCGCCGUCUGCACCGGCCCCGGCGAGCGGGGGGGAUCCGCUCCGGCGCCCGACAGCGGGAUUUGGGGCUUCUUCUGGAUCGAGGUCUCCGUCCCUCGCCUCGGGCCGCGGCUCUGGCCCUCGCCGGGGAGGGCGGACCGGGGGGGUAACAAUGGUGAAGUUUCUGGUGAGUUCUUGCUGCGCCCUGGCCGCCUCGGUGCUGCUCCGGCUCCGCCUCGGAUCACGGUGAGGAGAAAAUGAGCGAAGAGACGGCGGCUUCUAACAACGAUAAUAGUUAUGCACGAGUGCGAGCUGUGGUGAUGACCCGGGAUGACUCAAGUGGUGGAUGGUUACCACUUGGAGGGGGUGGACUAAGCUGUGUCACAGUCUUCAAAGUCAUUCCCCAGGAAGAGAAUAGCUGUGCUGAUUUUCUUAUCCAUGGAGAACGACUCAGGGAUAAAACGGUGGUCUUGGAAUGCACGUUGAAGAAGGACCUCGUUUACAACAAAGUUACUCCAACUUUUUACCACUGGAAGAUUGAUGACAAAAAGUUUGGCCUCACAUUUCAGAGUCCUGCUGAUGCAAGAGCAUUUGAUAGAGGUAUUCGGAGAGCAGUAGAGGAUAUUUCUCAAGGCUAUCCACCCUCCCAAAAUGAUGUUGAAGUGGCAGAAGACUGCUUUCAAAGUACUCAAGAAAACACAUCCGGUUCAUUAAUGAAAGACCACCUUUUCCAACACGAAACUGUAGUAACCAGUGAACCUUACAACAGUUUGAAUUUAAGGCCUUCAGCAUUUGAGGAUUUCAACACCAGGAGAGCCUGUUUUCCUAGCCAACCUAACCAGGUACCACCGAAGUCCAUCAGACACGUUAGCUUUCAGGAUGAAGAUGAAAUCGUAAGAAUAAACCCUCGUGAUAUUUUGAUACGUCGUUAUGCAGACUACAGGCAUCCUGACAUGUGGAAGAACGACCUGGAGAGGGAUGAUGCAGACUCAAAUAUACCAUUUUCUAAAUCAGACAGUAAAAAAUCUGACUAUUUAUACCCAUGUGGGGAUGGAACUAAGCUGAAUUCCCUGAAAGACUCAAAGAGUUCUGUGGUAUUUAAAACUCAGCCUUCCUCAUCAAAAUUUAAAAACUCGAAAAGAAGAAAAGAGGAUGGUGAGCGCUCCCGCUGUAUAUACUGCCAGGAAAGGUUUAAUCAUGAAGAUAACGGCAGAGGAAAAUGUCAAGAUGCUCCAGAUCCUAUUAAAAGAUGUAUCUACCAAGUUAGUUGCAUGCUUUGUGCAGAGAGCAUGCUGUAUCACUGCAUGUCGGACUCUGAAGGAGAUUUCUCUGAUCCUUGCUCAUGUGACACUAGUGAUGACAAGUUCUGCUUACGCUGGUUAGCACUGGUAGCACUGUCAUUCAUUGCUCCGUGUAUGUGCUGCUACCUCCCCUUGAGAGCAUGCCAUCACUGCGGUGAGGUAUGUGGGUGCUGUGGAGGGAAGCAUAAAGCUGCAGGAUGAAUCAGUCUUGUGCCAAACAGAGCUGAAAAAUCUUUGUUUCCAGGAAGCAUCUAACUUGGAUUUGUAGAAGCUUUUUGGCAAGCUGAAGGGAAUCUUCUUUCAUGUAAGAGAGAUGCUUGAUGUGGAAGAAGCAAGGAGACUUGUCAGACCUUGGCAUUUUACAAGUGCUAGCCAUGCCUAUUUCCUUUAAGUGCGUGGCAUUUGUUGCAAGUUGUGAAGGAGAUUUUGCAAAGGAAAGCCUGUUCUUAUUAUUGGCUAUAAAAUGAGUAUAUAAACUAUGAUUAUACUAAAAGGGAUUAACUUUUGCCACUUUGUACAUUCAUGGUUUAGGUGAGGGGGCUCUUUUAAAAGGAUUAAAACUUAUCUGAGGGGAAAUUUUAACUAAAAGUGCACUAGUGACAGUUGAUUAAGAUUAAGAAAAGUUAAUACUCAGCAAAUGAGAAAUGAAACUGAUUUUAAGUGCAACUAAAUCACUUAUUAAUAGUUUUUUGGAAGCAACUUUAUGUAUAAAUAACAAAUGUUUAUAUUUAACUAAAUGUGUAAGGUACGAAUUAUUACAUGUUAUACUUCCCUUCCCUCUGAUCUAGUAGGUAUGGACCAUAUCUACUGUCACAUUCCAUGGUAGUAUUUUAAAUAUUUAAUUAGUUAAUUUAGUUGCAUUUUUAUUCCAGAUGGACAAAUUGAUAUUUUCAGUCCUGUUUCCCUUCAGCUACAGUUUGUGUUGAGUUGUAUCCAUACAUUCUGAUAAUCUAAAAACCUUUAAAAUAUUAAUUAUUCUAGUCUUGAGUGACCAAUAUUUUUUGUUAAGCACAGAUGUAAUUGUCUAAAAUGUUCUUGUUAGAACAUAACAUUUAUUUUUAUAUAUAAAUGACUUUGAUUUCAACAUAAUAGCAAAAAGGAAGUUGUUUCUGUUGCUCAACCAGCAAGUUGUUUUCUUUUGGGGUGUCCUCCAAAAAUACUUUUAUUACAUAUACAGAUGUUCAUUAAGCAAAAGGUACAUUAAGACAGUUGUAACAAGUUGUCAUCAGUGUUCUUGUUUAUCCUUCUGUUAAACUAGGAUCCUGUUCAGCUGUUUAUCAAGUACUAUGAUUAAAACAAGAUUAAUAACAAAAUUGAAAUUGUUUUCAUUAUUUUGAAUUGCAACUUUUUCUUACUUGAACAAAACAACUGUUUAUUUGAACAACAGCAAAAGACAACAGAAGACUUGAGAAAUAAAUUACAGCCCAGGCAAAAUCGGAGUGAACUUAAUUGAGUGAAUUUGGAGGGAGCAUGGGGAGUGGGAAGGGGGUGAGAGUGUGUGUGUGCGCGUGCACGUGUGUGUAAGCACAUGCGAUAGUGUGCACAGCAUUUGUUAUGGCUUUGUAUUUACGAAGUGUUUAACUUUCAAAUAAGAAUUAACCAGUUAACCCUUAGAGUUUUUUUUUUUUUUUAAGAACAUUUCAUGUUUUGCUGUCGUGAAGUAAGAAACAGUUACUUCUCAUUGAAGAUAUGUGAAACACUAAAAAUAGUUCAUUAGGGAAAGUGCCUAUUUGCUAUCAUGGCUGGAGUGGGCAGAUUGUCCUCAGAGUACCCUUCUUGUUAAAAAUAAUAAUAAUAAUAAUAAAAAUAACAUGACUUACUUUUCUCUCUUCCUAUGCAUUUUCAGUAUAUUUUCUGUAGCUUUUUGUUCUGCAUGUAUCAGUGCCCUGAAUUUUCCUUUGUAGCCCAGAAGUAAAAGAAGGAAAUGUAUAUCAUCUGUCUGUAAGAUACUUUUUAAAAGAAAACAUUUAUAUUUAUAUUACAGCUUGAAUCAACCACAUUGUGUACAUAGCUCAUCUCAAAGUAUUAUUUCACAUUGAAAAGAAGAAACAUAUAUUGAUAACUGUAGAAGUUACGAAAGAGCUUCUAGUUUUGUAUUAAGAUUGGAUGAAUUAAGUCCAAGAAUAUGACACUGUAGCAGCAGUCUUGGUUUUUACUGUUUAUAUAUUUGAAAGCUGCUACUCUGGUUGAUCUUCAUGCUUCACACAUUUUCAACUUAACUUGGUUGCCUGGAAUAGACUGUUAACUU